AUCGAUCAUUCGUUUCCAUCGGUCAGAGACAGUCGCUAUACAUCGCCAGAAGAGUCCAGACUCCACUAGACUACUACUACUACUACUGACAUUGCGGCCCGUGCAUUGCCAUUUCUGAAAACUAUCUACACAAUGGGAAAAGCAGGCAGAAUCGUGUGCAUCUUCACACCAUAUCUCUUGACCAUUGCAUCGUUAAUCUGUCUCAUCCUCGUUGGUGUGGGAUGCACCAAUAAGAACUCCAGCACUCUCAAUAACCUCUAUUUCUUCCGCGCGGAUCUCCAAAAUCUCACAACGACUGCUUCGGAUGUCAGUUCAACGUUAUCGAGCGCCCUGGGCGCGUCCGACACAAGCAGCAACUUGAGCUCGCUGCUGAACGAAGCAGAAAAGGAGCUGAACCUGAAGGAUUUCUACGACAUUGGACUGUUUGGUUACUGUGACGGAGACGUUACCAACGACGAGUUCAAGACCACCAACUGCUCCAAGGCCAAGGCGGGAUUCUGGUUCAACCCGGUGCAGGUCUGGAACCUGAACGGCACUGGCAUCGAGGACAUCCUCCCCGACAGUCUGCAAAAGGAACUCAACACGUACAAGGCGGUGACCAAGUGGAUGUUUAUCGCCUACAUCAUCGCUUUCGCGGCUACUGUUGUGGAACUAGUCGUCGGCCUCACUGCCAUCUGCAGUCGAUUGGGAAGUUGCAUCACCAGUCUGGUUUCCACCGUGUCGCUGCUCUUCACCAUCGCCGCCUCGGUCACCGCUACCGCCAUGUACGUCGUUUUGACGAACGCCUUCAACAAGGAGCUGAAGUCCUAUGGAAUCACCGGCAGCAUGGGCAGGAACAUGUAUGUCACCACCUGGCUCGCCGUCGCCUUCUCUCUGGCAGCCAGUCUCUUCUGGAUGCUCAGCUCGUGCUGCUGCUCGGGCAGCUCUCCCCGCGGCAACAGACGCAACCGCGGCGUCGUCGGUGCUGAGAAGGCCCCCUACACCUACGAGCCGGUUGGCAGCACGUACGCCCACGGCGCCAACCAGGAACAUCCUGCCAAUGUUCCCGCCCCUGCCUACAACAUGAGAACCACCGCCUACGAACCCUACAGACACGUCUAAGUGACGCAGGCACCAUCACCACAUUCUUAAAAACAAAACAAAAAACCCCAAAUCACCAAAACAUUCCUUAUCCCGAUUUAUCUCAGGGACACACAAUCUACGGCGUUCGACAUA